GAAACCUAUGUUUCUUGACGUUCGUCUUUCUGAGAAUUUGAGAAUUAGUGAAUUACUUCUGCCUAUCUGAUCUCUCUGUAAUCCACUGUUCUGAAUCUCUUCCAACUCCACGAUACUCCCACUUUCUCGUAUCUUUCAAUCGGAAGAAACAACAGCUAAACGCCUUCCAUGGACUCCCUUCAGGCCGCCUACAAAGAAGAAGAAGAUGAUGAGGAAGAACCCACGAACCACCUCGACCCACCCGCCAUUGAACUUGCCGAACAACCAAACGAUUCAGAACAACCACUUAACGACACCGAAACCUCUCAAAAUGGGGAUUCCACUAAACAGCAAGAGCCAUUUGUAUCUGGCCUUUCCGAGUCGGACCCAACCACAUCUAACGACACCGAGAAACCCACUCUUAAAUCCCCUAAACGUGAAGACAUUGAGGAAGAUGAAGAUGAGGACGACGAUGAAGAUGAAGACCCACCUCCCAAAAAGCAAAAACAACUCUCGUCUCUGACUAAACAGCAGCGCGAAGAAGAACCCGCAGCAGUUGAUGAUAACAGCAAUGGUAAUAAUGUAUCCAACGGAACGAAGACGCCAACGGCCACACAAGCCACGGCGAAAAAGAAAUCCAAGAAAAAGAGCAACAACAAUGUCUGGGUAACGAGAUCUACUCGCAAAGGGAAGAAGAAAACCAAGCCUAAUCCCCAAAACACUCCUGCUGAAGAUACUGUGUUGAUUACCCCGGUCCCCAGAUUUCCAGAUAAAAGUGAUGAUACCCCAGAUAUGAAAAUUUGCUUGUCUAAAGUAUACAAAGCCGAGAAAGUAGAGUUGAGUGAAGAUAGAAUGAGUGCUGGAAGUACAAAAGGGUAUAGAAUGGUGAGAGCUACGAGAGGUGUUUGUGAAGGGGCGUGGUACUUUGAGAUUAAAGUGGCGAGCUUGGGAGAGACAGGGCACACGCGUCUUGGAUGGUCUACGGAGAAAGGGGACCUGCAGGCGCCGGUUGGGUACGACGGAAAUAGUUUUGGCUACAGAGACAUUGAUGGGAGUAAAGUGCACAAAGCAUUGAGAGAGAAGUACGGGGAGGAAGGGUACAAGGAAGGCGAUGUUAUUGGGUUUUACAUUAAUUUGCCAGAAGGUUCAUCAUAUGCUCCUAAGCCACCUCAUUUGGUUUGGUAUAAAGGGCAGAGAUAUGUGUGUGCUCCAGAUGCUAAGGAGGAUCCUCCUAAAAUCAUACCUGGAAGUGAGAUAUCUUUCUUCAAAAAUGGGGUGUGUCAAGGCGUUGCUUUCAAGGAUUUAUAUGGUGGCCGUUACUACCCUGCUGCUUCUAUGUACACCCUUCCAAAUCAACCAAAUUGUGUGGUCAAAUUUAACUUCGGCCCUGAUUUUGAAUUAUUUCCUGAGGAUUUUGGUGGGCGUCCAAUUCCUAGGCCCAUGUCUGAAGUUCCUUAUCAUGGGUUUGACAACCGUGUAGAAAAUACUGCAUUGAACGAGAACAAACAUUAGUCAUCUUGUUAUCGAUGGAGUGGGAGGUCAAUCCAAGUGUUCAGUAUUCUAUUUGUAAUUUUAGUUACUGUUUAGUUAGAAAUGACAGAUGAAUUAAUUUGAUUUAUGAAUUCAGGUUUUCUUUGGAAGAGAAAAAAAGAAAUUUAUUUUCUGUGUGCAAUGUAGCGUUGGAGCCUGAUGAUCCCCGAUAAUAUUUCUUGCUAUUAA